UGUGUUGAGUUUCAGAGAUGGCCGACAGAAAGAGCAGCAGCAGCGGAGGCGUCAGCUCUCGUCUGACCGUCAGGAAGAAAGACCGAGCAGAAAAUGAGGCCAAGAAAGAGGAGAAAACCCCUAAAGAAGGAGUCGCCUCAUACGACAACACCACUAACCAGCCGGUGGAGAACGGAGCCUCGGCGAAUGGAGAGAACACAGAGAAACCAGAACUCAUGGAGCUGCCGCCGUUUGAGAUCAUCACCGGGGAUCGCAUGGACCCAUUUUUCUUCAAGUUCCAGUUCAAGAACGUCGAGUACUCAUCCGGCCGGAACAAAACGUUCUUGUGUUACCUGGUGGACCAGGGGCCCGGAGCCAGCGGGCUCCUCAGGGGCUUCAUUGAAGACGAGCAUGUGAGCGGUCACGCCGAGGAGGCCUUCUUCCAGCAGGUCCUGCCCAACUAUGACCCCGCCCUCAAAUACACCAUCACCUGGUACAUGUCGUCCAGCCCCUGCUCCGCCUGCGCCGCGAAGCUGGCCGAGAUCCUGAAGGCCAGGAAGAGCCUCCAUCUGUCCAUCUACUUCGCGCGGCUCUUCGAGUGGGAGGAGCCUGAGAUCCAGGCGGGGCUAAAGGUGCUGGCGGCCGCCGGCUGCAAACUGCGCAUGAUGAAGCCGAUGGAUUUCACCUACACCUGGGACACAUUCGUGGAGAACGACGAGCAGACGUUCACGCUUUGGGAGGACUGCCAGGAGAACUACGAGUAUUACCAAGACAAACUGGCCGACAUCCUGCAGUGAUGAUAAGGAACACUUGUCCAGAAGUGAAGAGAGUGUGUUUGUGUGACCGAACGAGAAAUGCGUGCCAAAAACACUGUUUUUACCUUCUGCGUCCACACGCUGAGAAAUACUAGAAUACUGAUGGAUUCAUUUAGUACUUUUAUGUUUCCUGUAUUUCUGUGAAGAGGAUUUAUACUUUUUAAUAACUGGUUUUAUGUUUGAAUGAGUCACUUUGGGUGUACGUUCUGUUUUGGUGCGACAUGUUUAAUAUUUCAUACAGUUUUAUAUUCUGAACUUCAGCUUAUCAUUUUAUAUUCACGCUGGUCAGAGUACAGAUUCAUACAGAGCACUGUGAAAUAUGAUUUAGUAAACUGAAAAUAAUGUUGGAGCUAUAGUUGCAAAUAUUGUGCAAGCAAUAAAUAAAUUUAAAUAUUA